AUGAUGACUUCUUAUUUCAGUGGCUGGGACUAUUAUACAAGACCAGCUUCUGAAGGAAGAAUUCUUCUAAUUUGGCAGGGGCUUAGUGUUUCUGUUGAGGUUUUGAAGGAAACCACUCCUUGGCUUGUGGCUGGGGACUUUAAUGCGGUUUUUGAGGUUACUAAUAGAGUUGGUGGUCAUAACAUUACUGCCCUGGAAUUGGUGGAUGCUCAAAAAUGGAGAGCCUUAGGGUUGGUUGAUGAGAUGCGCACUAGAGAUUGGUUGGACUUAUUCCCUCAUGCUGAAGCUGUUGUUAACUGGGAAAUGCUAUCUGAUCAUUGCUUUUGCAUUAUCAAAUCUGGAGCUGCCUUGAACUGUGGUGUCAAACCUUUUAUAUUUUUUAAUAUGUGGACUGAUCAUGAUAAUUUUAAAGAGACAGUGAUGCAGAGCUGGUGCAAGCCUAGUAAGGGUUAUGGUCUGGAAAGAAUAAUAAGGAAAUUGGGUAGGCUCAAGCAUGUCCUACGCAAGUUUAACAAGAGAACUGUGGGUGAUGUAGUGCAGAACUAUACUAUAGCUAAGGAGAACUACCAAGCUGCUCAAAUUAAUCUUCAAGGUGACCCUCACUCAACAGAUUUGCAAAGAGAGGAAAGGUUAGCUGGUGAGAUAUUCUCUAAUCAUGCUAGAAUAUAUGACAACUUUCUUAGACAGAAAAGUAAAGUUAAUUGGCUUCGUUAUGGUGAUGAUAAUACGACAUACUUUCACGCUUGUUUAAAACAGCGAAGGGCUUCUAAUCGUAUCACUUCUUUUGUUAAUGAGACUGGACAGUUAAUUGAGAGGUUUGAGGAUGUAGUGGCUCACUUUGUGAAUCACUUUCGAAAAAUUAUGGGAAGUCAGAGUAAUGCCUCGGUGCCUAUUCAGAGGUCUUGUUUCAGAUAUGGUAAUAGUUUGUCUUUGGACCAGCAGAUUUGUUUGAUAAAGCCAUUUACUAAAAAGGAAGUGGAAGAUGCUUUGUUCAGUAUUAGUCCAAUUAAAAGUCCGGGUCCUGAUGGGUAUGGAUCAGGUUUUUUCAAAGUCAUGUGGAAGGAUGUGGGAGCAGAAAUUUCAAAGGCCAUUUUAGAUUUAUUUGAUCGGGGUCUGCUGCCUGAAGAGUUUAAUAAGGCAACAAUUUCUCUGAUUCCUAAGAUUGAAACCCCCACUUAG